GGCGCGCAGGUCCUUCCUUCCGGCCGCCAUCUCGCCGUGCCCGCGUGCGGAUCCCGGCCCCGCGUCCUGCCGACCGCUCCAGCCGCGCUCCGCGCCCCUCCGCUCGCCGAGAUGAAGGAGACCAUCAUGAACCAGGAGAAGCUGGCCAAGCUUCAGGCCCAAGUGCGCAUUGGUGGCAAGGGUACUGCCCGCAGAAAGAAGAAGGUUGUUCACAGAACAGCUACAGCAGAUGAUAAAAAGCUUCAGUUUUCAUUGAAGAAACUGGGAGUCAACAAUAUUUCUGGAAUUGAAGAGGUAAACAUGUUUACCAAUCAAGGAACAGUUAUUCACUUCAAUAACCCAAAAGUUCAGGCAUCUCUGGCUGCUAACACUUUCACUAUCACCGGCCACGCUGAGACAAAGCAGCUGACAGAAAUGCUGCCUAGCAUCCUAAACCAGCUCGGAGCUGACAGUCUGACCAGCCUCAGGAGACUGGCAGAAGCCCUACCCAAGCAAUCUGUGGACGGAAAAGCACCACUUGCCACUGGUGAAGAUGAUGACGAUGAAGUUCCAGAUCUUGUUGAAAACUUCGAUGAAGCUUCGAAGAAUGAGGCAAACUGAACUUUCACCUCCUGAAUAAAAUUAAAACUUGAAAAAGCUAUAUGGAGCUGCUAUUUUCUAUUGUGACUGCCUUGAUUUAUUCCUGAUGAGAUCUCAAGAUCAGUGAUAUUUGGAAACUCCUUGAAUAUACAGCUCCUUAGUUACUGCUUGUACACUGUUAUUUUUGUGGCCCGAUUGAACAAAACUAUGCUUUGAAAUAAGUCAGAUUGCUAACAAAUUUCUGCCUAGACACAUUUUUUGAGUAACUUCUACAAGCAAACACUCAUCUUUAAUGAACUUUGGCAUACAAUAAAAAUAUAAAACAAAGUUUCUGGUGUGACUUUUUGUCAGAAAAUCGGGGACAAAAAUAUUAAACAACAGGUCCUAAAUAUUAAACAAUCUUAAAAUGUUUUGCUUUUCUGCAGAGCAUUCUCCUUUUGCUGUGUUAAAAAGCUGGCUCCUGAAAAAAAGCUUUCUGUGCAUAAUGAAACCUUUUGGACUUAAUUGGUGAAUUUCUGGCAUUGCAGGUUAGAGGUAGGUAGGCUAUAAGUCAGUUUGUAACCUACUGGAUUUACGAAAUAGAAUUGUAUUUUAGCAACAGUUAAUGGUGGCUUAAUCUAACACAAAACUUGCAAGUUGAGGAGGAAUUUUUACUUGCCAGCUGCUUGCUGCUGGCCUUGGGGGAGCUACAUGUGAGUGUUAAAUUUUUAUCUUCAGUGAGUGUUCAAUAGAUGUUUGCAUGGUACAACUGUUUAAUGGGUUAUAUAAUACCAUUUUAAUUUUAUUUACCUGAAACCAUCAGUUUUAUGGGUAAAUGAAGCACGGAAAGGAGGAAAACCAUUAAUAAAAUUGAUAAUGGUUCUUAAGUGUAUUUACCAGCUUUGGAUCUAUUAACUAAUAAUUUGAAUGUUUCAGGAAUGUGUUGUUUUUAUUGCUUUUUGGGUUUUUGUUGUGUUUCAGAGAAAAAUAUAACUUUCUAGGGCACAAGAAAGGCAUUUUGCAUUCCAUUCUGACACCUCUAUAGCUGGAGUUUCUAAGGGUGAGAACUAAAUUUCAUGUUUGUGAGUCAUUGAUAUUAAUGAUAGAUCAGAAGCUUGCAUGACCGAAGAGCACCCAGCUACUGGCCUCCUAAGGUUGUUUCUAGAGCAGAUACUUCAGGAAGUGUAGAUUCACCGUGACUUGCUGAGAAUGAAAUUCAAGGUAGGAUUUGCUGUACCCAUAGCAAAGCUCUCCGUGUUCCUGGAAAAGGGUGGGUCUAUGUCUGGCUUGUCAAGCAUGUUUGUCAUAGUGUACAUUGGGAAACAGUGGAGGAACUUGUUCAAGCUCUAGAACUCCUGUGGUUUGAGGUAAGCAGACUAAUGUGGGCGUGUCAUGGCUGAAGCUGGGUGCAAGAACUUUAGGUAACAAUUUUAGAGCACUUGUCUUGGUUUACAAGUACUUCAGUGAACUCUGCUUGUACCGUUGAAUUAGCUUAAAAAGUGAAUUCAUUUGAGUUGUGGCAGUAAGGUAGAAAACCUAGGCCUGUGUGAAUUUGACUUUUGAAAUAAAGGAUGGCAAAUGUAAUUGCUGUGUAUUAGGGAAAAAAACCAAAUUCUGCAGAGUAGCUUGCCAGACUUCCUGUGACCUGUUGAGUAAAUAAAUGACAUGCUGGGUUUUUA